CGUAGAGGCGGUAGAAAACAAAUCUAUGACCCAAGGUUGGCUCCAAAACCGCAGCUCGAGCAAAAUCUUUGAAGAGCUCACAAUAUUGAUUUCCUCUCUUACGAAGACCAACUCACAAUCAAACAAUCAAACACUCAAACAGGAUCGACGAAACAAUGAAGUUUAUCACCAAUCUCUUGCUGUUCCUCAUCCCAGCCUUGGCCAUGGCUGCUGAAGACUCUGGACGUGACCUCCAGAUCACCGACUGGCAUGUCACUAUUAAAACCCUUCAAGACCAAGGAUUCACCUUUGAGACUGGAACCGGUAAUGGUGCUGCUAGUGCCAAUAUCAAGAUUAAGGUCACUGACUUGUGCCGCAAGGAUACAGCUAACCGCCAGGCUGUGGGCCACUGGUUUCCCACAACCAAUGUAACUGGAAUUGAAGUUGAUCAUGGUGGUAUUAUCAACAACCCCGGUGCAGACAAUGCUGUGGACUUUCGAUUCAUUGAAGGAAUUGCUGGAAACAAUCUGAUCUACAGGGAUGCUGGUGAUGCUGUCAAUGCCAUUGUGGAGUUCUGUGUUGAGGUUGGACUGUAUGAUGCUGAUACCCUCAUUGACUAUGCAGAAGUCCUUCUUACCUACAAUGUUAAUCUGGUUACCCAAGUUCCUGAGUUGACUGGUUACACUGUCACUCAAGCCGAGGACUUUACUGAUGCUGAGGACACCAAUCUCAGCUUUGAUGGAUCUCUCUUGGCAUACUUCUGUGACCCUGAUACCUACACCAUUCUUACCAAUGAUGGUUCUGAUGCUGUCACCACUCAAGGAAGUACCCUCAACGUCUGCUUCAGGGUUGAAACAGGACAGUUCCAAGUCAAGGAUAUCAUGGAGUUCACUGUCAAGAAUGCUGAAGCUGCAGAGCCCUCUCAGCUCAUCAUCACGGAAUCUCAACCUGCCUCCACCAUCUUCUCCACCAAGAAGUGUGUUGAUGAAGGAAAUGAUAACAAUGUCUGUUUGGUUUCGUUCUUGUUGUUUGCUGACUUUUAUGAUUUUGAAGCCUUGACCUUGACUGGAGUUGGAAGCAUUCUCUUGGAGCUUGGAGGAACUGCCACCGGUGGCCGUCGUUUGCGCAAGAAUAUCCAGAUUGUGGAUGGUCACCGCAAGCUUCAGAGUGAGGUGACUGAAACAGUUGAUGUCCAGCCCCAGCCAUUUGCCGUUGAGAAGCACCACGGUGCAGGAUCCUCUGCAGACACUGCCAUGGCCUCCCUUGCUGCCUUUGGGGCCAUUGCCGGAGCAGCCUUGGCUCUCUAAGCGAGUCGUCAAGAGUGACUUUUUUGGCACUGGCAAGAGUGCAAGGGUGAUGAAUGCGGAGGGCAACACAGAGGUCACUCGUGGAGGACAUCCCAGAAAGGAAAAAAUGUGCAUGUAUACCAAUAGAGAAUGGUGAAGAAUUCUAUAGAG